AUAAUUAUUUUGACAGGUCUGAACUCGCUCCUGUCUCUGAGAAAAUGUCUAGUAAUGAUGACGGACAUUUUUUGUACUUUGCGUUUGGUAGCAAUUUGUUAAAGCGAAGACUUCAAUAUAACAAUCCCUCAGCAACAUUUUAUUUAACUGGACGACUCAAGGAUUAUAAACUCAAAUUUGGUUACUGGGGGAAUGAUGUGUCAUCCUCUUGGCAUGGAGGGGCAGCCACCAUCGAAUACUGUCCUGGUGCUGAAAUCUGGGGAGUGAUCUGGACCAUAAGCAACAGAGAUCUGUUAACACUGGACAAGCAAGAAGGGGUGUCAAAGGGGAUGUAUUCACCCCUGGAGGUGUCUGUGGAGACUGAGCAUGGGCCAAAACAUUGCAGGACGUACCAGAUGAAUAAUUUUCAUGCAGGUCUCCCUUCACCCCAAUAUAAAAAGGUCAUCUGUUUGGGGGCAGAAGAAAAUGGACUUCCAACAGAGUAUCUCAACAAACUCUAUAGCAUUGAAACUAAUGGCUACAGUGGGCCCUCUCUUCUAGACCAACUCCAAAUAUAGAUUAUAAUAGAAUGGUUCUGCAAAUUUUUCUUUUAGGUCUUGCAAGUUUUAUCUUCUGUUAAUGUUUUUAUUUGUAUUAUUGAAAAUGUUGGGAAGUAACUGAACACAUGUAC